AGAUGGAGGAGGUGGAGGCGAAGUUGAUGGACCCAAAACUGGAGGAUUUAAAAGACGAGAUCGAAGCUGUGAAGAAUAAAACUGAACAGAACCGAGAACAGGCUGAAGAGGCAAACAAGGAGGCGGAGUCUGCUCUGAACAAUGCACUCGACGCUAUACCGGGUCUGAAAGACGUCCUAGAUAAAUUUGACCUGUUGAAAAAUAAAAAAUCAAACCAAACGCAGGACAGUGAAGCAACCAAACGACUGGAGGAGCUGAAGAAAGAGGCGGAGGCACUAAAGAAGGAGGUGGAGGACAAACUGCAGCAGAUAGAAGAUUUGGAGAAGUGGAUCGAGGAGCUGAACAAAAGUGGGCAGGACAAAGCAGCAGAAGUGGUUGAGCUUUUGAAACAGGCAGAUUCUCUCAGAGAGGACAUCAGCCGCAAAGCCGAGGGCUACGUCAAGUGCACAUGA